AUGAGUCAGUACAACCAGGCUGAUGAAGGUGGAAAACAAACUGCAUGCAUGCGCUGCAAAAAAGACUGCAUGCUGGAAGUGCAUACACACGAUGUAAGCGAUUGCCUGGCUGCUUCUGCCACAAAUGAGUUUGAAGCUGCUUUUCGGGUGUGCAUCCAUGAUGAAUUGCCAAUAAGCAGGAUGGGUUAUGAGCUACUGCCUCAAGAUCUAAAUAGAUUAGCGGAUGGCGGGCUGCUGAACGACAAGAUAAUCAAUGUGUACUUCGAGAUUGUUUCAAAGUAUUCUACACAAGCAGUGCAUUCGUUCUCAACGUUUUUCUACAGUGCAUUAAGGAGCAGGGGAGUGGAGUGGGUACAGAGAUGGACUUCUGAAGUCAAUAUCUUUGACAACAAAUUGAUAUUCAUUCCUGUUCAUGUUCCUGGCCACUGGUGCCUUGUUGUGAUGGAUGUUGAGGAAAUGCAGCUGGAGUACUAUGAUUCCUUAGGCACUGCUGACAUGCAGGUGGUGGAUUUCGUGAUUGAAUAUCUCCGUGCUGAAUGGUGCAGAGUGUGUGGCGAUGGAUUCAAGAUUUCAAUCAAGCCGAUGAAAGACAUUCCACAGCAGCAAAACGGAACAGACUGUGGAGUUUUUGUAUGCAUGUACGCAAGAUACAGGCUGGAGAAGAACAGCAAAUGGUUCCGUUCAAAUGAAAUCAAAAGCCUCAGGAAGGCAAUUCUGCAUGAGAUAAUGGCCGGAAGAAUAAUUUACCUAGUGCCGCAUGUGCUUGGCUGA